AUGCCCCUUCCCGAACCGGAAGUUCCGUUGACAAAUGCGUGCGCUGUCAUCUUCGACAACACGAUUUAUACGUACUCAGCCGACGCGUUUCAGUCGCUACAGUUAACGCCAGGCGCAAAGUGGAAGAAGUUGGAGCAGGGCGAGAAGGUCACGGGCGGCGUCUGCGUAGGGGCGACAACAGGCACGGCAGCGACGUCUUCACUUUUCAUCGUCGGCGGGAAGGGCCAGACGGAGGGCUACCAGGGCAUCCAAAAGUACACGUACUCGACAGGGAAAUGGGAGUCUCUUCAGUUGCCAGCACCGGUAACACAAAAUCGGUUACUGCACGGUGCCAUCUAUCUGAACGCAACGGAUUCCAUCCUUGUCUACGCUGGCAAUCAGGAUGGUUCAACUGGCCCAUCCACACAGACAUAUGCCAUCGGCGCGUCUCCACCGUAUAAUGUGCGAUCGUUCGAGGCCAGCGUACCGCCUGCUAUCAACCCGAUUCUUUUGCCAUGGUCGGACAGCGAGGCUGUUAUGCUCGGUGGCAGCACCUCGAACACACAGGUGAUGCUGUUCAAGCCUGAGACAGGGUGGAGAGACUCGGGAGCAACCCUUGCCAAUCCUAUAGCGAAGGACACAUCAGCAAUCAAGGCGGCAUUGGUGCGCGGCGAUGAUGGGUCACAAAACCUUUAUACCUUUGACAUGACACAAUCACCCAACAUGGUGCAGCGGAUAUUGUUAAGUACUGGCCCCGAGCAACCUAUUCAGAACGCUGGGCCAGCGAAGAAGCGGGAUGUUACGAUACAGGAGGAAGAACGGUCGAUUAGCGAAAAGAGGGAUGUGCUGAACGUGUUGACCUGGCCGCAUUACAACGCAACCCUGGCACCCACCAGCACAAGGAGUAAUUAUGCGAUUGCGCAGGAUGCCGAUGGCAUGGUUGUUUUUGUGGGAGGGAAUUCAGAGGAACCUCUAGCCAUGUUCAAUGCCAAGGACAACACUUGGUAUAAUACGACGGACAUGUUGGUGGAUCAACAGGUGUUUAUUGCCGCCUUCACCUCUUCGACAACCUUGGAAACAUCGACGGUAGCUUCCACGACUGCUUCGAGGACAACCUCUACGAGUCUUCCAGAGUCGGAAGCUUCGACGACGCUGGUCACUGCGACCCCCACUGCAGCUUCUUCGGUUUCCCCUGUGAGUGCCGCUACUGCGGCUGUCAGCAGCAACGCUGAGAGCUCGAACGAACCCAAAUCCCACACAAAUAUUAUCCUUGCCGCACUACUGAGUUCAAUCUUUGGACUUGCCAUUGUCUUGUUCGCCAUCUACUUCUGCAUCAAGAGGAAGGGUAGGCAGCAGGCACGCAACCAGACAGGCGGUGCAAGGGGUGGGAGCGGAGGACCUGGAGGAGCUUACGACGAAAAGGCUGGUUACGGGUUCCCGCCUGAUACCAAGGGUCCCUUCCGUGGCCAUGGACACCAGACGCAGGAUUCAUGUGGCUCCAUGUCAUCCCUGGCGAUGAUCGGCUACGGUACAAACCACCAGAAACCGGGCCGCUCUUCCCCUGGCCACAAGCUCAGUAUCAGCAACGCCUUCGGCAGGCGCGAUUCGGACGACAGCACCUUUAAGGCGUUCAAGAGCUCCAUCAGCAAGCCGGUUCCCGUUUCGCAAACCAUAUCCGCCGAGCCACCAGAGAAUCCGUUCUUGGCGGCACACGAAAAGGAAGUAUCGUUCGCGCCCAGCCCAGCCCAGCCGAUGCCACGGAAUCCUGCAGCCGCUGCCAACGUCGACCCCGAGAUUCGGCGCAGCUCCGGAUGGAACCGGUACUGGUCCGGCGGCUCAGCCCUGAACGUGAUCGGACUCGGCAACAACACCAACAGUGCCGUGAUCAACCAAGGCUCGCAACGAACCACUGUCGUCUCGGACGUGAGCUCCCGCUACAGCAAAAAUACCCAACAUAGAAUGACCCAGGAUAGCGCGACAGUGCCUCCACUUCAAGCUUACGAGCCGCGCGUGUCCUUCAACCGCGUAAACUCGGGCAGCCCAACCAUCGCGCAUCGCGACCACGAUGACGAGAAGCUGUACGAGGGUAUGAGUGGCCAGAUCGAAAUGCCCCGGCCCGUGAGCGGCGUGAGCUCCAUUUCGGGAUACUCGAGCGGCAUUCCCGCUUCCGUGCACGACACCUGGGACCCGACCGAGUUCACGAAGCCAUGGGGCGCUAACCGCGCUCCCAGCAGCGCGUACAGCGCAAGCAUUUACACGACUCCCCUGGCGCCUGCGGGGAGGGUGCCGUCUCAGCUUGUCCACCAACAACAGGGGACGCGUCAGCAGGUAGUGCGCGAUGACAUGAGCUGGCUUAACUUGGGCGGAAAAAAUGGCCCAUGA